AGAACACUUAGCCGAUUAUUUUGUAUAGUAAUAGGCCUAAUGCCUAAUAAUAUGGCUAAUAUUACUAGAUCUAGAUCUAAUAAGUUAAUAACUAGAUCUAGGGGCCUAAUAAUAUUAAUAUAGAAAUUAUAUAAAAUUAUCAAUUAAAAAGGUCAAAGAUCUGAUAAACAUGGCAUCAAAAAGAAUGGAAAACUGCUUUUAUCUCCUGCAGGAAAUAAAACAGGAAAUGUCUAUCAAUAUGUCUGCGUGUAUUAAUGAACUUCACAAAGUAUUUCAAAACAUUGAAAAGAUGUGUGACAAUUUUGAAAAACGUUUGAAGGAAGCAGAGCAAAAUUACCUUGCAGAAGUACAGGUGGAGCGAGAAAAUUAUAAAAGCCAAUACAGAAGCCUUCAGCAAAUUAUUCAGCAAAUCCAAAUUAAAAAAGGAAAUCUUGAUAUACAGUUGGAAACUUUCCAGAAUUUUUUUUUAAUAAUCAACACACUUUCCCAAAAGAAUGUUGGAAAACCAGUUGAAAAGACCAAUACUGAAGCAUUAUCUAACAAUAUGGAAUGCAGCACAAUUUCUGGUAAUUUACCUGAACUAGUUUCAAGUCAAACUGCCUUUAUAUCCAACACAGAUGAAAGACAAAGUGUUUUUAAUUGGUUGGAAAAUUUAGAAAAAAAGCCUUCAGUAGUGAGUGACAUAGAACAAUCUUCUCCUCAAACUUCACUUUUGUGUGACAUAGAACAAUCUUCUCCUCAAACUUCACUUUUGUGUGACAUAGAACAAUCUUCUCCUCAAACUUCACUUUUGUGUGACAUAGAACAAUCUUCUCCUCAAACUUCACUUUUGAGUGACAUAGAACAAUCUUCUCCUCAAACUUCACUUUUGUGUGACAUAGAACAAUCUUCUCCUCAAACUUUACUUUUGAGUGACAACGCACCAUCUUCAGUACAACCUUGUGUUUUCAGUGGGAAAAAUCAACCUAAGUCACACCUUAAACAAAGUAGAUCUUCACAUAUUCAUUUGAAACCACUAGUCUUAACAAAAUGCACUAGAUCACAAACACAUUUACAGCAUCCAGUCCUUAGAAAAAGGAUAUCAUCACCUUACACUAAACAUCCAAUCCCCAAAAGUAAACAACGUCCUGUAAAAUCUGCUAAGCUUUGUAAGAGACAGCUCCCACCUGGAUGGAAAGUAAAACUAGUACAAAGAUCUUCUGGUGUUUCUGCUGGGAAAUAUGAUGUGUAUUAUUACAGCCCUGAAAACAUAAAAGUCCGUUCAAAAAAAGAACUUCUCAGCUAUUACAAAGGUCCCAAGGAACAUUUAGAUUUAUUUGAAUUUAGUGUUUCAAAAUUAAUAAAGCAAGGAAUGGUAAAUGAAAAAUAACUAGAAGAGACUACAAAAACAAAAGUAUUUGGUAAAGGGAUGUUUUACUUUUGGAGAUGCCUCACUAAUUCUGUUUUGUUUAUCAUACAUGUAUGUCUAUAUCGCAUGUGUAAACACAUUUAUACAUCAAGAUUGUUUACAGAAAAUUUGUAAAAAAAAUUUUCAGCUGGUUUGAAAGAAAAUCUACUACAGUAAAGCUUUUGUUUUGAUUUUGAAAAAACAGCUAUUUAAACAUAUUUUUCCACUAGAAUGUUCUUUAAAAAAAUGUACAUACAUUAUCACUUGUAUUGCCAAAAUGAGGUGUGUUUUUAAGAAAUGUUUUAUUUAAUUGUCAUUGUUAUACUGUUCUAUCUCUGCAGAUUUAUGUUGUACAUUGGACACGUGUUUGAUUAGAGUGCUGACAUGUAGAAUUCAGGUGUUAUUUUAAAGGUCCAUUUUGCCUAUAUAUAUAUAUAUAUAUAUAAAUAUAUAUAUAUAUAUAGAGAGAGAGAGAGAGAGAGUAAGGGUGCCACUUCAUUAAAUAAAAGAAUUAUCUGUUUUACUUUCUCUGUGUGUAACAUGAAGCGUAUUGUUAGAACUUAAUUUUUCAUUGUAAAGCUAGGUUUGAAAGAAAAAGCUACUCUGGUAUUAAUUAAACAGAGCAGUUUAAACCUUGCAGUUUUUUGUCCUCAAGAGAUAAAUAAAUCAAUUACAAGCACACAAAAAAAGU